CAUUUCAUUCCUAUCCUACUCUUUGGUCGACCUCAGCUUUCCCCCCGAGACUCAAUACCCGGUCCUGCUAACCAUCAUGCUUCAGCCGACACGACUCUUUGCCCGGACUCUUGCAGGCCGCGGCUUGACGCCGUUGGUGUCCCGACGCUUCAAGACCUACUCUGAGCCCAGCACCAAAGAGAAUGAAAGAGUCCCAUCAACAGCUGAAGAGCAUCGAAAGUACCAAAAAGAAAAGCCAGAGAAUCCUCAUAUGACCAACACCAACUCGACCAUCCACAACGAAAUGCCGUCUGUGGGCAAGGAUAGCCCUCCGCCUGAUCUCGUCAGCUCGGUUGACCCCAACUAUGUCCCCAAAGACCGAAAGCCUGAGAACACAGAGAGAAUGACUGGCGGGACACAACCGGGAGACCCAAGCAAAGUAAGCCCGACAGAAUUUGGUGUUGGCGAAAUAGAGGGCAUUUCAUUCAGAGUUGAGCCCCUGCGUCGGACUGGUGAAGACCUGACUACGAUGCGAGCAAGAUUAUUAUACCAAAGCAGGAAGCGAGGGACGCUAGAGUCCGACCUCCUACUCUCUACGUUUGCGGCUGAAAACCUCUCCUCCAUGAGCAAGUCAGAACUCGAGCAAUACGAUCGUUUCCUCGAUGAGAACGACUGGGACAUAUACUACUGGGCUACCCAGUCACCGGCAAACACACCUACAUCGUUGGAAUAUGCUGAGGGAGCUGUAAAGGACACCAAGAGCGACACAACCGAAUACACCUCCCCUGCAAACCCAGGACAAACCCAAGAGACAGACGCAUGGAGGCAAGGAGCUCCGCGAAGUGGAGAGUGGGCGCAAACCGUCGGAACAUUCAAACCGGCUUACAGGCCAGUACCGCAGAGAUGGAAAGAAAGUGAAAUAUUAAGCUUGCUACGAAAACAUGUUAGAGAAAGGAGUGCCGGCGGCGUCCUGGAAGAUGUGGAAGCUGCCCCAAAAUCCAAAGGCAGUGGGAGUGGUCUCGGAAGGAUGCCAGAUGUGCAGACCUUCCAGUAAAGGUGUAUAUAGGUCGAUGAAUGUAUUUUCGUGCCUUCUAAUUGUCUUGUUCCGAACAGGGUCUAUCAAA